AUGUGCAACAGCAGUUUAAUGACUGAGUUCCUCCUCCUGGCAUUCGCAGACACACGGGAGCUGCAGCUCUUGCACUUCUGGCUCUUCCUGGGCAUCUACCUGGCUGCCCUCCUGGGCAAUGGCCUCAUCAUCACUGCCAUAGCUUGCAACCACCACCUCCACACCCCCAUGUACUUCUUCCUCCUCAACCUCUCUUUUCUUGACCUGGGCUGCAUCUCCACCACUCUUCCUAAAGCCAUGGCCAAUUCCCUCUGGGACAGGAGGACCAUUUCCUUCUCAGGAUGUGCUGCCCAGGUCUUUCUGUUUGUCUUCUUGAUGUCAGCAGAAUGGUAUCUCCUCACCUUCAUGGCCUAUGACCGCUACAUGGCCAUCUGCAAACCCCUGCACUACGGGACCCUCCUGGGCAGCAGAGCUUGUGUCCACAUGGCAGCAGCUGCCUGGGGCAGUGGGUUUCUCUAUGCUGUGCUGCACACGGCCAACACAUUUUCACUACCGCUCUGCCAAGGCAAUGCUGUGGACCAGUUCUUUUGUGAAAUCCCUGAGAUCCUCAAGCUUUCCUGCUCAGACACCUACCUCAGGGAAAUUGGGUUUCUUGUGGUUAGUGCUUUUCCAUUUUUGGGGUGUUUUGUUUUCAUCAUGCUCUCCUAUGGGCAGAUUUUCAGGGUCGUGCUAAGGAUCCCCUCUGAGCAGGGACAGCACAAAGCCUUUUCCACCUGCCUCCCUCAUGUGGUCGUCAUCUCCAUGUUUCUUAGCACUGGCAUGUUUGCCUACCUGAAGCCCCCCUCCAUCUCCUCCCCACUUCUAAAUCUGGUGGUGUCAUUUCUGUACUCAGUGGUGCCUCCAGCAGUGAACCCUCUCAUCUACAGCAUGAGGAACCAGGAGCUCAAGGAUGCCCUGAGGAAACUGAUUCCAUGGACUCCUGCUAUUCAGCAGCGAGAAACAUCCCAACUUUCCACAAGUGACUCCCAGGGUAUUCUACAGCAGUCCUGA